CACUUCUUUUUAUUUUUUUUUCCGCCACCGCUCCGUUUUUUCCCCGUGCGCGACGCUCCUUCUCCCUGCGCCGUUCUUCUCCGUGCGUUCUCCUGCGCCAACCGCCACCCACUGCCCUUGCUCUUCCUCACCGGUGGUGGCCGGAGAGCUGUCGGGAGUGAUGAGAUCCGCGCCUCCUCCACCCAUUCGCCAAUCCAUUCGGCUCCCGGACGCUGGCAGAGCUUCUCCGGUCUGAGGCCACCGAGGGACGGCCCGUGCGCGUGCUCGUUUACGACCCGCACUUGCUGUGGGCGCGGCGGGUGGCGAAGGCGGCCGGCGUCGCGACGGCGGUGUUCCUAUCGCAGCCGUGCUCCAUGGAUGUCGUCUACGGGGAGGUCUGGGUGGGGCGGCUACCGCUGCCGGUGACGGACGGGAGGGAGCUGUUCACGCUCGGCUUGCUAGGUGCCAAGCUCGGGCCUGAUGACGUGCCGCCGUUCGCGGCGAGGCCGGACUGGUGCCCGGUGUUCCUUAAGGCUUCUGUGCGGCAGUUCGAGGGGCUGGAGGACGCCGACAAUGUGCUCGUCAACUCAUUCCACGACAUGGAACCCAAGGGAGGCAGAUUAUAUGGCACUAACAUGGCGCGCAAAGACAAUAGGCCCAACCUUGCCAUCAUUUUAUCUUGAUGAUGACCGUUUGCCAUUCAACAAGUGAUCUCAAUCUUUGCUAGUAGAACAAGAAAGCAUUUCUCUGCCAUCAUGAGCUGCCAUUUGCAAUUAUAAAAUGAGUUCCCUUUGUAUUUUCAUUGCUUGAAAAUUUCAGGCAGUAGUGCCAAAAUAAUCAUAUAGCAGGUACAAGAUAAGACUUGCUGUGACAA